AUGACUCUACAAGAGCCACAAGAAGAGAGCCAAAUCACUUUUACACACACUCAAUUACCAUCGAUGAUGAACCAUGCUGCAAACAGCAGUGGAAUACAAUUGAGGUUAGAUAUUGAGGAUCUGUUAAGGGAGUAUGUAGCCUUAAUGCAGGCAUCUGCUCCAAUUGCUUCUACUAAUUCUACCAUGGAACAGUUCUUCCACCAAUCGAACAGCCCUUCUCAUCACAGUAAUUUAUCAAAUGAUAUAGAUAAUGUGUAUUACUGUAAAACAGUAAGCCCAAAUAAUUCUGUAAAUGUCUCUGAACAGCAGGUUACCAAUACUAUUACACUUCAACAAGACAUUGUUCAAGAUCGUGAGCAACAAGCAAAGAAGGGAAAUUCCAAAAGGAAAAGUUCCGUUGAUGAUAAGCCAAAUUAUUCCAAAUCCAAGGUAGGCAAAACACGAAGAAGAAAGAGCAAACUUCCAGGUGAAUCAGAAUUUAAAUUAUGGACUUGGAUUGGAGAGAAGAGUUUAUAG